UCUUCACCUUGUGUCAAUGCCAGCUGUACCUCACCAGAUGUCUGUACGUGUUUCCCUGGCUAUGAGAAAAUAACUGGUGAUCCCCACAAAUGUCACCCUGUUUGUUCCAAGCCUUGCCAAAACGCUGCUUGCAUCAAACCUGAAGUUUGUUCUUGUUUUGUUGGGUAUCAGAAAGAUUCAGAAGUGGAAAACAUCUGCAACCCAGUUUGCUCAGAAGGCUGCAUCAACGGAGUAUGCACAGAACCUGGUGUGUGCAGUUGUCUUGAAGGGUAUGAAUUUCAAAACAGUUAUAUAUGUAAACCUGUCUGUUCAAAUUGUUCUAAUGCACAUUGCUCUGCACCUGAGGUCUGCUCUUGCUUCACGGCUAUAAAAAAAGAAAGUGAGGAGGAUUCCAUGUGUUUCCCCAUCUGCUCACCAGAGUGUAUCAAUGGUAACUGUACUGCUCCUGAUAGUUGUGAAUGCUUUGAUGGUUUUGAGUUAUCUGAUGAUCCUGGAGUUUGCAAGCCAUAUUGCAGUGAAGGAUGUAACAACAGUGUCUGCACCGCACCCAAAGAGUAUUCUUGCGUUUGGGUUUUGGCAGUGAGAGAAACAAGUCUGAUUGUUCACAAGAGAUCAGUCUGCGCUAUCCAACAGCUGGUCGAGCCGAGCGUAAUCAGUAUAGCAGUGGGGCUAGGACAGUACAGGCUCGCCACCCCCUCUCCGCCUACCACACACCUGCAAGCUCACCCAAACCCUGUAGUAGUCCGUGAUGUCGGCGUGUAUCACAGACAUGUCUACAACAAUCUCAUUCUUACUGGAUACUCUCAUAUAAGCAUGAUCAAUGGAAAUGCCACCUCAGCCUCUCACCUCCAUGUAUCUGGGGGCUGUGAUGAUGCUGAUGAUGUGAGUUACACAGAGCAAGAAACCAAGGAGUUCUGUUGCCCUGGUUAUAAAACCUGCUCUUCUGUAGAUGGCUGUGUCUGUCAGCCAGUGUGUCACUUGGAAUGUCUCAACGGGAAUUGUUCAGCUCCAGACCAUUGUGAGUGUUGGAGUGGUUACAAUAAACAACAGGGUACAGAGAAUAUCUGUGAGCCUGUAUGUAGCCAGAAUUGUGUCCACGGAUACUGCAGUCACCCUGAGAUUUGCUCCUGUGACCAAGGCUACACACUUAACCCUUCCCAACCCUACACCUGCCAACCAGUGUGUUCCUCACCUUGUGUCAAUGCCAACUGUACCUCACCAGAUGUCUGUACUUGUUUCCCUGGCUAUGAGAAAAUAACUGGUGAUCAACACAAAUGUCACCCUGUUUGUUCCAAGCCUUGUCAAAACGCUGCUUGCAUCAAACCUGAACUUUGCUCUUGUUUUGUUGGGUAUCAGAAAGAUUCAGAAGUGGAAAACAUCUGCAACCCAGUUUGCUCAGAAGGCUGCAUCAACGGAGUAUGCACAGAACCUGGUGUGUGCAGUUGUCUUGAAGGGUAUAAAUCUCAAAACAAUUAUACGUGUAAACCUGUCUGUUCAAAUUGUUCUAAUGCACAUUGCUCUGCACCUGAGGUCUGUUCUUGCUUUCCCGGCUAUAAAAAAGAAAGUGAGGAAGAUUCCAUGUGUUUCCCCAUCUGCUCACCAGAGUGCAUCAAUGGUAACUGUACUGCUCCUGAUAGUUGUGAAUGCUUUGAUGGUUAUGAGUUAUCUGAUGAUCCUGGAGUUUGCAAGCCAUAUUGCAGUGAAGGAUGUAAUAACGGUGUCUGCACCGCACCCGAAGAAUGUUCUUGCCUUUGGAGUUUUGGCAGUGAGGGAAAUAAGUCUGAUUGUUCUCGAAUGAAAUCAGAAAACUAUGAUUGCUCAUUUGUUAACACUUUAGUUCCACUUGGAUUUGACAAACCUUGUAUCAACUUCUCGACUGAGUUUAUUGUUGGAAAUUUGAGAGGAUGCAAUAUUUUAAAUGAGCUGUUGAUGGAACUCAGACGAAAAGAAAAGGACAUCUUGCUGAUGACUUUAGAAUGUGAUAACAUUUCUGUAUUAAGCAAUCCUUUUUCUCUUGAAAUUUUUUGCAAUGCUACUAUAAAUGAUGAAGAGCAUACCACUGAACAUCAAAAGUCAAUGGUUUUUACAACAGAAGAAUAUUUCUCUGAGAGUACUGAAACAACUGAUCAAAGUUUAGCUGUUUAUGAUUCAACAACUUAUAAUGAUAACUCAAUGUUUUUUUCUACUGAUUGGAUUGGUCCAAGUACUUCAGAAGCAUUGGAGACCCCAGCAAUUUUCACUGAUCGUUCAAAAAUGAAACCUCAAAUUUCAGUGGCAUCUGACAAAAAUUUUGGAAAUAUACGUGAAGUUUUGAUUUCUGGCAAUCCAUUACAGUUGAAUGCCACUGUGCACUUCUUACCUUUGAUAAAGCAGAGACAGAUAACUGUAGAUUACUUUGGUAACACAAAUUAUACUCUGGUGCAAGAGUGGUGUCUUUGUCAAACAAACAAAACUUGGAAUCUUUGUGUAGACACUCAGUACCAGUUUACUAUCUGCCCUUGUAGAACUCAGGGACUUCUAUUGCUGAAUGAAGAAAACUCCAUUGCUGUUCCAAUCGUGAAAGCACUGGCAGUGGUUGUAGUGUGUGGGAUACUGCUAGCGUUGGCUAUCUGGUACAAUCGGAAUAGACUUGUUCACAACUACUAUGCACCUCCACACCGUUCUACUGAUAUUGCUACUCCAGACACUGUCUCAUUAUCAUCUAUUGAACCCAAAACCAAGGGUGGAGAGAGUCACCAGGGGUUGUCUUCCAGCAAUUGAGAGAAUCAUUGAUCUCUUUCAAAUCCCUGGAUGAUUCUGCAAGUGAAAUCGGUCCUCUGUGUUUAGUCUACAAAAAGAUCAGAAGACCAAAUUUAUUUUAAUGCUAAAAUCUGAUAAAUAGUCUCCAUAGCGAGAAAUAUAUCUUUUUUAUUGUAUUUUGUAUUAUUAUUACAAGGAAUUUAACUUAAAAUAUAUGAUAGUUGUAUGUGAUUAUUUUUGUGAGUCAAUAAAAAUGUU